AUGGGCGCUAACACUUCUUCCCUGCUCUCGGAGGAAAUCGACGAGAUCUCCCGUCAGGCCGACCUGCCGCGCUUGGAAGUGAAGCGUCUGUACAAGCGGUUCCAGAAGCUAGACCGCACGCAAUCCGGCACGCUGGACGCGGACGAGCUGCUCAUGAUACCGGAGCUGUCGAUGAACCCGCUGCAUCCCCGCCUGCUCGCCGUGUUCGAAAACGUCAACUUUCAUGAGUUCGUUAAUAACAUCGCCGCCUUCAGCCCCAGCGGCGCGGAGGAGAAGAAGGUCGACUUUGCGUUCAAGGUCUACGACGUGGACGCCGACGGCUUCAUCUCCAAGCACGACUUAGACACCGUCAUACGCAUGCUCGUGGGCGAGCAUAUUCCUGAUGAAACCGUGCAGGAGGUCGUGGCCAGGGUUGUCGAGGCAGCCGAUUUGGACAAGGAUGGAAGGAUUUCGAGGUCCGAGUUUACAUCCGCUGUGGACGUCGCCGACCUUGCUUCAAGGUUGACAGUGUCCUUUUGA